UAUAAAAGAAAUUUCAAUAAAUGGGGCUUGUAAGUUUUUUGUCACCUUGUAAUUUAACAGGUUUCAUUAAUUACUAUUUCGUAGAAUAUUUAUUAGUAUAAUAAUUUAUGACCGAUAUACUUAGUUAUAAAUAAAUAAAAAUGAGAACAAAAAAUCCUAUGGCCAAAAAGCCCCAACAAAUUUUAUUUUCUAAAAAUACCUAUGGACCUAAAACUAAAGUCGAGAAUUGGGAUUAUGAGAUACAUGCGGAAAAGAAAGAUAAUUAUGUGUAUCGCGAUUACUUAAGCAACCACAUCAGCACUUAUACACGUUGGGGAAAUCAAGAUCAGGGUAUUGGAAAAACAGAAACACGAAGUAUGCUUGAACAAGUAUUUACAAAAACUGACCCAAUUUACGCUUUUAAACCACUUGUUAACUUUACAUCUUAUCCUUGUACAGACACACCUGGUAGAAAUAAGUUAAUGAAGAAAGCUGAUUUGCCCCAACUACCUUAUGAUUUUGGUGUUAUGGAUUAUCUCACUACUCAACAAGACGACUACAGGAGUCCAUAUCCAGGAGUGACAAAACCGUUAACAAUGGCGUCUCCAAUAUGGUUAAUGAAUAGAGUUAUCCGCUCCGAUCUAACUCAUAACCAUGGAACAGCUCCGCCCAGAGGUGACUACCAGUGUCUGGACACCCAUACUCCUAUAGGGCAUAUACGAGAAAUGCGACUAUUUCGAUACCAAUCUUUUAAUCCAGCUACCUGCCUUCAAGAUUUUCCAAAACUGUAGUCGAUUUCAGGGAUAAAUAAAAGAAUCUGUAUCCAAAAUUAUUUAUUACAUUUAGAUUCACAAUCGAUUCAUACAAACAAAAAAAAAGUUAAACAUUAACUAAACAAAAUUAAAACUCAAAAAGUUAAAAAAUACAAUAAACCAAAGGUUAUUAUUAUUAGGCUACAACUUAAUCAAAACAAGUGUGAUACUUCAUAUGGAUAAUUUUUUUUUGUUAAAAUAAAUAUGCUUAAACAUCAAAUUAAUAUUUUAUCCUUAGUUGAUUACCAGGUAUCUAUAAUAAACGAAACAUUGAUAAUAAACACUUACGAAAAUGGGUUUAUCUUGAGAUAUCGAUUUUAGGGUCUCUUAUAAGCAAGUAAAGGCCAUAUUAUCUUUCAAUUUACUUUUAAGCCCUCGACUAAUCUGCAAAUAAUUCAUUAAACAUAUAUAAAUUUUUAUGUAAUAAGUAUAUUACAUAUCCCAUAGUCAGUAUAUAUUUUUAUCAACCUUAUUGAUAAAACAAGCUCUAAUUAUUAUAUUAUAACAAAAAUAAAAAGAGCUUAUACAUUUUAUUUCAAAAUUUAUUUAUAAUUAUUUUAAAUUCAAACAUCUCGGGCAUAUAUUGUUAAUGGGGCUGCCCCGUUAUUGCAGCGCAUCAGGGAUGUUUGCAGAAGCUCGUAUAGACUGUUUUUACGCUACAAUGCGAAAGAGAUGCACAUCCCUGGUGCGCCGUGUGCUGGACAGCCCCAAUGUAAUCAUGCGCUGUAUAGCGAGUCGCCUCGACUGCUGGUAUGUAAACCACUGCUGCAAAUUGUCUGCUUCUUUGAUAGCGUUGUAGCGGUGGUGUGCAUUUCUAGCAGUCAUAAUAAAUUGUAUUAUUUUUACUGACAUAAUUUUUAAGUUAUUAAUUGUUACUAACAAAAUGCGUGGUUACUUGAAUAAAUAAAUGAAUUAUUUACACCGGAAUGGUGCCAAUGGCA